CUUGCAAAGGACAGUUGGGAAAUUACAUUGCCCUCUCAAAAAUACGGUGCAUAAAAAAAACAUGCUAAUAAAACCCCAAAAAUGUUGCUUAAAUCCCCAAUUGGUUUGCUAAAUCCUCUUCGUUACGCGGGAAUCCCCUUCAAAAUGCCCAUCACCAGAUUAUCUUCGAAGGCCCCUGUCCUCAGUUGUAAGCAAGAGCCUCAAAUUUUAGAGGCAGUCCCACAUCAAGUUUCUGAAAUAAAAACCGAAGUUUCUGGUUCAGAAUUUCAAGUAUUUUCCAGGAAAAAGAGGGUGAAAAGAGAAGCAGUUGAAGAGCAAUUAGCUGAUAGUAAUGGCGAUGGAAUUUCUGGCCUGCCUGAUAUUGAAGAUUUCACCUUUCAAAAGGGCAAUGCAACAUCAUCUACAAAAGGGAAGUCAAAGACUAUUUCUCCAGCACAGCCUACAGGAGUUGGUGUUGUGUCUACCUUGAAGCGUGGGAAGUCAAAGGCUACCUCUCCAGCAAAGCCUACAGUAGCUGGUGUUGUUUCUACCUUGAAGCGUGAAAAUAUUACUUUGGGAUCAUUAGCUUCCAGUGAACCUCCAGAGAACUGGGAGAAGGUUCAUAAAGAGAUCCGCCACAUGAGAUCUUCUGAAGAUGCACCAGUUGACUCUGUUGGAUGUGAGAAGGCUGGAAGUUCUCUUCCACCAAAGGAAAGAAGAUUUGCUGUACUAGCUGGUACACUUCUCUCAAGCCAAACCAAGGAUCAUGUUACUCAUGGAGCAGUUCAGCGUCUCUUGGAAAAUGGACUUCUUGAUCCCUACUCCAUCGAGAAGGCUGAUGAGGAGACUAUCAAGAAAUUGAUCCACCCGGUGGGGUUCUACACCACGAAGGCCCGUAACUUAAAAAAAGUCUCAAAUAUCUGUAUUGUGAAGUAUAAUGGAGAUAUUCCUAGCUCACUGGAGGAAUUACUCGAACUCCCUGGUAUAGGUCCAAAAAUUGCUCAUCUGGUUUUGCACAUUGCUUGGAAUGAUGUCCAGGGAAUAUGUGUUGACACUCAUGUUCAUCGCAUCUGUAACAGGCUAGGAUGGGUCUCACGAGCUGGCACUGAUCAGAAAACAAAAUCACCGGAGGAAACUAGAGAGGCACUGCAGAAAUGGCUUCCCAAGGAAGAAUGGGUUUCCAUAAACCCCCUUUUGGUAGGGUUUGGGCAGACCAUAUGCACACCAUUGAGGCCAAAAUGUGGUGUCUGCAAGAUUAAUAGCCUCUGCCCAUCUGCUUUCAAGGAGGCCCCUAGCCCGUCCUCCAAAUCGAAGAAAUCAUCACAUGUUAAAUAACUGUAUUAACUGUUGUGGAUGUCAUGAAGCCCUUGUAAAUUUCCCUGCUAACUGCUAAGCUUGUAUUUUCCACAGCAGUUUUUGGGUUUAUUCUGAAACUUUGGCAGCCCUUGGCCUGUUAUUAUUUUGCUAUAGGGGAAGAAGCAUUAUUAAAUUGUAUCCUCAAAUGACAAGUCUUUUUGGUAGUGAUUCGCGAGACAUGCGGAUGUAUUAGUUAUUGAUGUAUAAAGAAUAGGGAUAUGAUAUUGAUUUAUGCAUCAGAUUACACAAUUCAGAUAUCA